AUGCUACGACGUUAUUUUACGCUACCUCUUUUAUGUUUGAUAUCAAUGUCAUUAUCAGCUCUCGCAUAUUUAUUUUUGUAUACCAAUGGUAUAACUUCCAGUAAACCAACUAUCUGCCCGAGUACACGCAAAGUUUUGUACGAAGAAGACGCCUCUGUAUUCAAAUCACGACUAAAUCAACGUCUGAUCUACCUCGGUCAACAAUUUUCUUAUAUUAAUAUUACUAAACUACGUCAUAUUCAAUCAACAGCCACUCAAAAUCUCACUUACUUUUGCUCAAAAUAUUGUGGCGGAUGGGGUGACCGUGUGCGUGGAAUUGUCUCCACAUACAUUCUCGCCGCUUUAUUAGAACGUCGUUUUACUAUCGAUAUGCAAUAUCCUUGUGAUUUAUCACACUUUCUUCUACCCAAUCUAAUCGAUUGGACACGAAAUUCUCACAGAAAUCCACGAAAGCCUCCUCUAAUGUUAGACCUAAUACAUGACGAUUAUGCUGAUGAAUUAUAUCCAAAACUUACAACGAUUGAUUUACGUCAACUGUGGGCAAAGCAUGAUGAAAUAUUUCUUACUACCAAUGAUGAUUAUAUUACACAAACUUUACAAAAUCCAUUUUUUCGACGAGUUAGAUCCCAGAUUAAUCUACAAUCUAAUCAUUCGAAUGCGCACACUUUCUUUUCGUUCAUUUUCGAACUUCUGUUCAAGCCAACAUCAAUCGUCAUUAAUCAAAUCGAUCGACUAUUUGCAAGAGCUGCGCAAAUUUCCAGUCAGUCAAUCAUAUGUAUGCAUGUCCGUCUUGGUCAAAAUCCUACCAUACCCGAAGACGAAAAACGUCCCUUUCGACAAUCCCUAGGACGCGAUAUGAUCGAAUUUAUCGAUCGCAAUUUAACCUCGCGCAAUUCUUCGAUAUUUGUCACGAGCGAUUCCCUUAAAGUUAUCAAUGAUAUCUAUCGACACUAUGACAGCAAGCGCAUAUUAAGUAUAUUUGGUCCGAUCAUUCAUAUCGAUCGCUAUGACCGAGGAAAAGAAUCAGACAAAACACUACAAGCUGGUUUUCUGAAAGUGAUAGCAGAAUUUUACUUCUUAGGCGAAUGUGACGUACUUGUUCGCUCUCCGAGUGGUUUCAGUCAAUGGGCGAGUUAUCGACGACUGAAUGAAUAUUCGAAUCUAUAUAUGUAUUGUCGUGGUGUUCAUCAAGUAACUGGCCCGAAAUGGAGAGCACCAUAUAAAAUUUGUUAA